GCGCUCGGUACGCGCGGGGCGGCGGGGCCGCCAUGGCGGAAGACGAGAGUGACCAGGAGUCCGAGCGCCUCAGCGAGGAGCUGGAGGCGCUGGCGGCCCCCGGGCUGCCCCCAGGGCUGCCCGCGCUCCUCCGCAGCCAGUACUAUUGCCGACGCUUCUGCCAGGUUGUUGAGGACUAUGCUGGGAGGUGGCAGGUUCCUUUGCCUCAGCUCCAGGUGCUCCAAACAGCUCUGUGUUGUUUCACCUCUGCCUGUGUGUCCUUCCCAGCAGAAUGUGAGCACGUCCAGUAUGUGUUGAGUAGCCUGGCUUUGAGUUUUUUUGAAUUGCUGCUGUUCUUUGGAAAGGAUGAGUUCUAUGAAGAUCCUUUGAAAGAUAUUUUAGGUUCAAUCCAGGAAUGUCAGAACCUGCUAAACAAAUACAGGAAUAUGAACCUGGAACUAGUGACUCGAAUCAUUCGAGAUGGUGGACCAUGGGAAGAUCCAGUAUUACAAGCAAUUCUGAAAGCAAAGCCUGUGUCACAGGAAUUAGUUAACAAAUAUUUAAGCUCUGAAAAUCCACUGUUCUUUGAACUGCGUGCCAGAUACCUUAUUGCCUGUGAACGCAUCCCUGAGGCAAUGGCUCUUAUCAAAUCUUGCAUAAAUCAUCCAGAUAUCAGUAAAGAUCUGUAUUUCCAUCAAGCUCUUUUCACCUGUCUUUAUAUGUCACCAUUAGAAGAUCAGCUAUUCCAGGAGCACUUGUUGAGGACUGAUUGCAAGAGUGGAAUUGAGAUCAUCUGCAACACUGAAAAAGAAGGGAAGACUACCUUAGCCUUACAGCUUUGUGAAUCCUUCCUAGUCCCACAGCUCCAAAAUGGGGACAUGUAUUGUAUAUGGGACCUGAUCUUCAUUUGGAGUAAACUGCAGCUUAAAUCUAACCCUUCAAAACAAGUAUUUGUUGACCACUGCUACCAGCUCCUAAGAAUUGCUACAAAUGUCAGAGUCAUUUUCCCUUUCAUGAAAGUCAUUAAGGAUGAAGUUGGUGAGGAUGGUCUUCAGAUCUGUGUUGAGAUAUGUGGAUGUGCCCUACAGCUGGACCUCCGUGAAGAUCCCAACAUGAAAAGUCUUAUUUAUAAAGCAAUUGCUCAUUUUCUGCCAAAUGACUUGGAGAUCCUUCGAAUUUGUGCUCUUUCCAUCUUUUUUCUGGAGCGCACCUUGGAAUCUUACUACACUGUUGAACAUUUAUAUAAAUGUGCAGAUGAAGAAUACAAUGAGUGCACUAGUUCUGUUCAAAACCGUGUGCGUUUUGAACUGCUUCCCAUUUUGAAAAAGGGUUUGUUUUUUGAUCCCGAGUUUUGGAAUUUCUUGAUGAUCAAGCAGAAUUGUUUGGCGUUGUUGGGGGAUAAAGCCUUGGAUGGCUUAAGUGAAAGUACACUGGAAAACUCGACUGCAAAUCCAGAGAAAAUAGCAGAAUACAGGGCUCUGAGUGAGGAAUGUGUCUGUUUGACUGAUGUGAGCAAUGGGGAGCUCGACCCUGGAAACUGCUCUGGAGCCCAAUCCAAAGGUAAUGCCAAAAAGAACCAUGAAGCUCUGGAGGCAUCUAAAAUGUUGAAUGCGAGUGAACCCAGGCACCGCUGUGUGCUGUGCAACAAGGAAUUUCUCGGUGAUCACAUCGUGAAACACGCACAAGCUCACCAGAAAAAGGGCAGUUUUUCCUGUGUACUUUGCACCAGAAAGUUCAGGCAAAAGGGACUGAUGCUGAAGCACUUGAGGAAUCAUGUCAGGAAGAUAGAAAGGCAACAUCUUGCUGCAGUUCUUGAGGCUGGUCAGCAGGCUCCUGCUCUUAAGGAAUUAGGAUGUUCUGAUGUUUCUCUCCCUCUUGAAAAUGGGAAUUCCGAUGGUUCCAAAGAUACUGAACCAGCGGCUGCAAUAGCUCCAAGUGCUGAGCAAGUGGUCCAAGAGGAGGAUGAGAAUGCAGAACAGGUUUUUGAUGUGGUGGAAAACCAUCUAAGUGACCAGGAUGAUGCUACUGAAAAUAGUAGUGACAGCUGUUUUAAUAAUGUUCCUGAUGCUUUAAGUACAGAGAGUUUGCCUGAAGAUGAUGAGAACUCCAGUAAAGAGUCACCUGUUCUGCAUAAAGUGAAUGGGGCUUUUUGCCCUCAAAAAGACCUCGAUGCUUUGGAUGAGGAAGGAACCUUUAAGUGCCCUGCUAAUGGUUGUGCUAGAGUGUUUAAAAAGAUAAGGUUCCUCAAUAAACAUGCAAGGAAAAGUCAUCCAACUGAUCUGAAGGUGCAGCAACAUAUAAUGAAAUGGAAUAAAGGAAAGUGUCGGUUCUGCCAGAGAAAAUUUGCUGAUUCUCAACAUUUUAUAGACCACCUAAAGAGACAUGUGUAUCCAAAUGUUUACUUUUGUUUACACUUUAAUUGUAAUCAGAGAUUUAAGCUGUCAGCUGAGCUUGCAGAACAUACAAAAAGUCAUAGUGUGUUUAAAGCUCAGUGCAAUUUUUCAGACUGCUGUGAGCUAUUUGAGGAGCUCCCUUUGCUGUAUGAACAUGAGGCUCAGCAUUAUUUAAAUAAAACCCCAGAAUGUUUGGAAGAUGCAAGUGAAAAAGAUUCUUCAGAUGAUCCUUCAGAACUUUGUAGUUUCCAGGAUGAUGAUGAAUCUGUUAAAGAAAAAGAAACUGUAGAUUUACCAAUUCCAACUUGGAAGUCAAGGAAGGAUUCUACAGAACCAAAGACAUAUAUUCAAAGUGUGGAGAAGAAAGCAAAUAAUGUAAUUCACAAUGGAAAUGAAAGUUCAUCUGAGGGUAGUGCUACCAUUUUAAGUUCCAUAGACCAAAAGACACCUGUGUUACAGCCAAAUUCUGAAAACUGUCAUGUUGUUAGUGACCAACUAGUCAAUGGGCACAGUGACCCACAUCAGAUGUCAUCCAAGUCAUCACAGACACCUUUGGACAGAGUGGCAGAUGAAACAAGGACAGAAAAUGGGUCAGUGUUACCAGUUUUACAGAAUUGUCACGAUGCACCACAAAAUAAUAAUGCUGCUGCUGCUGCCUCACAAGUACCUUCUAAACCAAAUCAGACAACAGAGACUACUUCAUAUGGUGUCAUCUUAACAAAACCCUAUGUCAGACCAUUGCCUCCGAGUUACCUUGAUGAACGUUACAUUAGCAUGCCAAAACGGAGAAAAAUUUUGGCCGAGGAAGUAGAUGCUUACUCUGAACAAGAUAAAAUUUGUAGCAAAACAACAGAAAGAUUUAGAUGUGGCAACUGCUUGACCAUCUACUGUAAUUCAGAAGCACUUGAGGCUCACCUUGCACAAAAGAAGUGUCAGACGCUCUUUGGAUUCGAUUCAGAUGAUGAAAGUGCCUGAUUCAAUGUUGUGGAGGAAAGUAUCAGAUAAGGAGUGGUGUAAGGAAACACUACAUGAAGAAGCAUCAGUUCGUUUCCCAGUUGGCCUUAAACAUGAAGCAGUCUCAAAUUACUAGAGAGAAACAUGACCUUGAUAAAGACAAAGCACAUUUUCUAGACAAAACUCACAGAGGAGUAAUAGGAGCUCUGCAGGUCUUGAGUCCAGAAAGGUUGCUACAAAAUCCCCAAAGUACCAGUCCUCUGAAAAGCCAUGUUCAUUCCAAAUAGAUGAUUGAAGGUGAAUGGCACAGCCUUUCUAGCAGGAAGGUUUAAGGAAAAUAAGGCAGGCAGAGGAAGCAGAGAUGUUAAUUGCCUUGUGGAAAACCAGCCAAUUCUGAAAGCUGCUUUAGUUUGUGUCAUUAAAGGGGUGUCUGUCCACACAGCUGGGAAGGAAUCAUUCCAGAAGGUGUUAGUUAUUAUACUAUGGAUAAGAAAUGCAUAGAGGAACCAUGCAUUCUUUUUUCAAAGCUCAAGUGUGUGAGUCCAUUAUCUGCUCAAAAGCAUGGAGCUCAUUUAAUAAACUUAUACUCAGAAUCCAAAGAGGAAUGUGGAAAGAAAUCUUAAGAUAGAUGGAAUGCUGGAAUAGCCAAAAACUCGAAAUACAGCACAUGCAAUGAAAAGUGAGUUGAUGUGAUAUAAAACUUAAACACAAUGGAAAUCAGAUGCAAUGCAAGAGAAGCCCUUUGCAAGGAUAAGGUGAAGGUGUAGGUAAAGAGUGUCCUGUGAGACAUCUGUUGUAGGUGUGGGAAGGCCAAUCCAAGCAGUACAUGCACAGAUCCAUGUGGAUUUUAACAGGAACUAAUUGAAACAAAUGCAGAAUGUUGAGGAGGUUAAACUUGCAUUACAGAGCAGAGUUUAUUAUUAUGCAAAUACAGAGGUCCCUCAGCUGUUGGUGUAACUGAAAAGAAUUUGAGAAGGCAGACAAAAGCAGAGCACAGGUUGGAGGGGAAAAAAGGUCAGGAAGAGCCUGUUUUACAUGUGUGAUAAAUGGUGGUAGGCCACAACUCAGUACUGUAACUACUUAUUUACUGUCUAGUGGAAGGGAGAAAAUAGGUUUGGAUUCAAUCUCUUUAAGACACAUUGUAACUUUAUUUAGUCAUCAUCAUGGCUGGGCUUCGUGAACGAAGAUUUGGGAAGGCUCUAUCCACAUUUGUUACAAGCAUGCUGGUGGCUUAUGAGGCCAUUAUGAGAUAGACAUAUCCGAUUGCAAAAGGCACAGCAGAAAGACUCCUUAGAUGGUGUAUUCUGCAAUACACGGUUCUUUCUGCGUUGCCUUUUCUCCUCGAGGGUGAUCCUGCAUGUGUUCUCAAAGGAGACAGCUGCGUUAUAGAUGGUGUGUCUCCAGGCCUCCCGAUUUGAGGCCAGAGUGGACCAGUUAUGGUGAUCAAUAUGGCCAAGGCUGAGAUGUUGUUUCAGGGAGUCCUUGUAUCUUUUCGUCGGGGCUUCUCUCAUGCGGCAGCCAGUGGCAAGUUCACCAUAAAGCAAGAUCUUAGGGAGGCGGUGGUCCUUCAUCCUGGAGACGUGCCCUGCCCAGCGCAGCUGUGUUCUCAUCAACAUGGCUUCUAUACUUGUGACUGCUGCUUGCUCUAGAACAGAUGUGUUGGUCACAUAAUCUGACCAGUGGAUGUUUAAGAUUGUUCGGAGGCAGCAUUGAUGGAAGCGUUACUUUAUUUAGUAGCAUCCCUUGAAAAGAGCCUUUCCCAGCAGUUGGUGAAGGAGUUACUGAAAUGUUAAGCACUUUAUUCGAAGUUCACUGUUCAUAGAAACAAUCAGAAUGUGAAGACAUGAAGUGUGAGUCUUUCAGCUCUAUGUGUAACACUGAAAUAGAGAACAUUUGGGAACCAAAAGGAUGCCCUUGUAGUUUUUGGUCUUCCCACCCCAGGCAGAGGUGUGGCAAACACACACAUUGCCCAAUUACUGUGCUAAAAUCUCCUCUCAUUUAUCUCACACUGUCUUGCCACCUGACAAGUUUUUGAGAUCCUGUUCUAUGCGGGUAAAAUUUUAAUGUGAUUGUAGGCAGGGGAGGGAUAGUGGUGAUAGUGGUGUUCAGGGAUGGAGUCUUCACAGAAAUGUGGGAUGGCAAAGCCCAACUGCUCCCGCUCAGCUGGUUUAUUUAUGGAAUAGUUCAUCACAGUGUGUGUAGGGCUUAAAUCAACAGAUAUGGAAAAACUAAUGCAUAAAAAAUCAAGAGGUGCAUACAACCUGUUUACUGUAGCAAUGGCUGCUUGCAAAACCAAGGCUGUUGUAAGAUAGGCUGUGAAGUAGUUCUGGAACUAAACUCAAUAGCUCAGCAAUGCCUCUGCUAAUAACCCUCUGUGAAAGUAAACAGAUUUGCAUUCCUUCUGCUUUGUUUUCCCCUCCUGGGAGGUAAAAAGAAUGCAAAUUCAAAAUCUUAACUCUUGAACUCUAGGAAAUUUUUGCCUUAACUUUGAGUUGAAUUAACAGAAAAGGUUAUAAAAUUAUGAUCACAGGUAUGUGUGCAUUACAUCAAUACCGAUCAUGGCCCACUUUCAGAGAUUUGUAUGACGUUUGAGGCACCAAAGAAAUUUUUUUUGCAGUUGCAAAAAACCUGAUUUAAAUGCAUUGUUCAUUAUAUAUACAUAUAUACACACAAUAUAUAUAUAUUUACAUAUAUAAAUACAUUAAAAGUUUGGUUUAAAUUUAAAGAGGUCCUUAUCAGACAAAUGCACUUUGACCUUUUUUGCUUUCAAGUUACCAACUAAUUUUUAGGGACCCAGUUUUCAUGUUGAAUGUUCCCAGGCUCCCCUUUCUUUGCUUAACUUUGUUAAUCUAGUUAAAUUUGCUUAAAUAUAUUUGGGGGGGAAAAAGGUUAAUUUUAAAGUAUUACAGUUCUAAAAAUCUGAAAACCGAGUCAGUAGAUAUGACAAAAAUGUUUGCGUAAAAUCUUUUCAAUGUACCUUUAAUCUUUGGUGCUUUUUUGCCUUUUCCCUGGAGCUCCAUGUGUUUGAAGAUGCUUUAAAAUCACGAUUGAGACUUGUAUUUUCUUUGGUUUUAAGUGUGUAGAUAAAGGCAUGUGUGUACAUGCAUAAACUGUGACCAUAAUUUUUUGUACCUGCAUUAAACUCAUUUUUGUUCAAAGAUGCUUUUCUUGGACACCACCAUUUGUUGAUGUCAUGUGUUCAGUAGAUACACUCUGGAGAACAGGAAACAUGAAUUCUUCUGUAGGUGAAAAUUAGCAAAAAAUCCGAACACUUACCAGAAAUACGGUAAGUGUAAAUUAAAUUGACCUAAGGUAGCAAGUGGGUGGUAACAUUUUUAAGUCAUGAUUUUUACUUCAGAAGACAUUGCAUUUUCUUUAAGCUCCUCUCUGAUACCUGUUGGUAUUGUCAUAUAGUUGCAGUUUAAGCAACUUGAAUCAAAAGGAAAAGGGUACUUGUGUAAUGUGUGUGGGAUAAUUCACCAUGCUUUUUAAGGAUUCUUUAGUACAUUGAGUAUUAUUACCCUGUACUAAGCCUGCAACUUCUAGGGCUGAAAAAGGCUACAAAUCUAGAUCUGAAAGUUGUUUUUUUCCCAAGCAUUAAGAAGCAUUGUAUGAUAUAAUUGGAAAUCCUUCAAGAUAUAUCACUUUGAUUCAAUAAAUACUAAAAUCCAUGUGUAAUGUAAGCCUGCAACUCCCUUAAAACUGCCUGAAGUUACACAUGAGCUUGGGAGCUUUGUUGGAUCAAAGUUUGUGCAUUUGUUGUGGAUAAUUGUGUUCCAAUAACAUUCCUCCAGUUGGCUGUAACUUGGAUUUGGACUUUCCUUUUAAGACUCUUCUCUAACCUGAUCAUGUUUCACUGUAAAGGUCAUGGAAGUUCUAACUUCAAAGAGUUGCCAUUUGGUGGGCACCUUUCACAGAAAAAAGGAAUACUGAAAUUAGGUUGAAAGUGGUGAUAUCUGUGGGGAAAGGUCACUGGUACUUUGGUUAUUUAGCCAUAUUCAUUAAAAUUAUAUAAAUUGUAUAGUUUGGAUAAUUUAUAACAUUAAACUUUGUGAUUUUAAUAUCACGUUGAAGGUUCAGCUGUACUCAUUUCUUUUAUUGUUUAACACCAGUGCUAUGGACAAAAGACCCAAAGAGGGUGGUAGUGUUACUAUUUUCUUAAUUUAUUUGGUACUGUAUAACACCUUUCUGAUUAAAUGCAGUGUAUGCAUUUUGGGACUCUUAAUUUGUAAAAGAUGUUACAGGUUCAGCAAGAAAGGAAAUUUGUGCUUCCUUGUUGAAUGUUAAAUUAUUUUACUUUGCAUUUUAUAUAAGAGUACAAAUUAAAACUGAGCCAUCAAACUGCAAUAAAUCUACAGUAGUGUUUCAUUUUAAAAACCUUUUUGUACUGUACAUAGAUUUGUUCAAUAAAACAUUGUCUUUGUUGUUGAUAGAAA